AUGCUGUUCCAAACUAUGAGGAAACCUGAAGAUCAUCUGUUGAUCAGUGGAAAACAAAUUUAUCCCACGGGUUCAAAUAACCUGUUGAGGCUUGCUUGCAACUCAUGGAUCGAACCUAUAGAGAUAUGCAAAUUUUCUAAAGUAAAUACAAGUAUGGAGACUACUUCCGAAGCUAAACCUUCUGAUUCAAUCACAUUGGUUCCAGAAGGGGAUAGGAGUGUAUCGACAGAAUCUUUAACAAAUGAGGAUAACGAUUGGGAUAUAGUUGGUGACGACUUGUUAUUAGAUAUUACCGAGGAGGAUGUUUCACGGUUGGUUGAUAUAUUUCCUGGAGCAUGUAAAUUUGAAUAUGGAAAUGGAGAAAACUCUGUGUUCUACGGACGUUGUAAACGUUGUUCCGAUCGUCUGAAACCAAAUAAUGCUUUCCUGGAUCAUUAUGAUGCUUGUUUUUAUUGUAUUAAUUGUCAUCAGUUACAAGAAGCAAUUAUUCCUCGUAAUCUUAUAAUGAAUUGGGAUUUUUCACUGAAACCAGUUUGUCAAAUUACACAUCAAUUUCUUAGUGCAUUACAUAAUAGACCAGUGAUAAAUUUAGCUAAAUUAAAUCCUAUUCUUUAUGCUACUAUACCGAAUUUAUAUUUAAUUAGACAACUUCGACGUACUUUAGUUUUGUUAUGGGAUCAAAUAAUUAGAUGUGAUGGUAAAACAGCUGAAAAACUAUGUGAAUGUAUGGAUGGUCGAAUGUAUAUGCUACAAAAUAUCAAUGAUAUUGAUAUAUAUUCAAUUGAGGAUUUAAUACUUGUACAAUCUUCAAAAUUAGAGGAACUACUUAAAAAUACCAUUCAAGAUGUUGCUUUAGCACACGUACGUACAUGUAAAGCGUGUAGACGAAGAGCGUUAAUCUGUGAUUUUUGUGGUGACUUAAAUAAACCUAUAUGGACACAUGAAUUUACUACUUAUAAACGAUGUAUCAAUCCAGGUUGUUCAAAUGUAAUGCAUAUUGAUUGUUUGUUAAUGAUGGUUACAGAUUUAAUAUCUAACGUAGAUUGUUGUUUUCAACGUCAAUCCACUACAGUCCCUUUAAAAGAUUAUUCUCAAUUAAAAUUUUCUGAUAUACAAUGUAGAACAUGUAAAGAAUAUUGUACAUUAUUUUCUAGAAAUAAUCAAACUAUUGGACAUUAUGCUGAUCCAUUUUGUUUACCUAAAAUAGAUUCGUAA